AUGGCAACUAAGUGUCAAGUUAACCACAACUCAAUUGAGACUCUCAUUGGCUUAAAAUAUAAGAAAUGGAGAGAGGACUUGGAAAUUGCUUUAGGAUUGCUCGACUAUGAAAUGGUUUUGGAAGAAGAUGCUCCUAUGGUACCUGCUGCUAAUGCAUCUGCAGAUAUUAAGAUUAAGUAUGCCAAAUGGAUCAAGGCAAAUAAGAUGCUAUCUUGA